ACCGACUCAACCACCGACUCCACCACCAACUCAACCACCGACUCCACCACCAACUCAACCAGAGACUCCACCACCAACGUAACCGCCGACUCCACCACCAACAACUAAACACCAACUCAACCACCGACUCUACCACCUCCAACUCCACCACCACCAUCCCAGACGUUGACCUCCAGGACCAGGUGAAGGUUCACCACCUCACCCAGGCUGCUCACUCAAGGAAGGUUACCCGUGACCUGGGAGAGAGCGAGAGGGGAGAGAGAAGAAGGGAGAGAGAGAAUGGUGGCAGCCACCUAUGCUCUGCUUGCCGCGGCGAUGCUGUGCGUGGGCGGGGCUCCAGUCACCUUGCCUCCGUGCACCCUGCCUGGGCCCUGGGACAUCCGCUGUCUCCCAGGGUGUUUCCUCCAGGUGGAGAGCGGGACCUGCGCCCCGUGCCCACAUGGCUCCUUCAUGGAGCACACCAACACCGACCACACCUGCCGCAGGUGCAGAAGCUGCGAUGGAGCAGGUGCCGGCUUCGAGGAGGGGCGCCCGUGCAGUGCGCCGGCCGAUGCGGAGUGCCGGUGCCGUCCCGGCCUGCACUGCGUGAGCCCCGACUGCCCGCUCUGCUCGGGGCAGCCGCUCUGCCCCCCGGGGCGGCAGCCCGGGCCCCCCCCGGAGGCCACCUCCUGCGUCCCCUGCCCACCCGGCUCCUACUCCGACUCCACGUCCGCGCUGCCUUGCAGGGAGCACACGCGCUGUGAAGAUCGGGAAAUGUCGACGUUCAUCAACGGAACCCAGGAAGCAGAUGCCAUUUGUAAACACCAGAAUAAUCCCAUGGUCCUGAUUGGUUCCUGUUUUUUUGGAGUGCUCGUGAUCGUGCUGACCUUCCUCGCGCUGUUCUUAUACAAAAGACGUGAUCGCUGUUCCUGCCCCAUAAGAGGGAACCAAACCAAGGGACUGCCGACUAUGAACACCCUGCAACCGAAGGCAGAACGUGACCAACCUGGCCAGACCGUCUACAACAUCAGGGCGAACACCUUUCAGAUGGGCAUGGGGAACAGUGUCAGCAUCAACGGAGGCGAAGCCGAGCCGCUUCAGACAGACGGGCCGGACGGAGAGGACCUGGACCCCCCUAGUGGGGAAUGAGGGGCAUGGGUGUGUGAGUGUGGGGAUGAGUGUGGGUGUGAACAUGAGUGUGCGAGUGUGGGUGUGAGUGUAUGAGUGUGGACAUGAGUGUCUGGGUGUGG